AUGAUUCCUGAUAUUUUGCUGUGGGCUGUCAUAAGCAUUGCAAUGGCGUUUGCCUUGGCAGCUAUCAUAUGGGUCCUCUGCGCUGCAUAUAUUUACAACAAAACUGAAUCACAACGAAACAAUCAAUAUAAGCACAUUGGAAAUGAACAAGAAGAGAAUGAGAUUCUCCUGCCGGAAUCUUCGGUGGAUGUUCAGAAUUAUGAUUCGAGCAAUAUGGACGACAAAUACGGAAAUAUGGACGACGAAUACAGAAAUAUGGACGACGAAUACAGAAAAGAAAAAUUUCUUUCCACGCAGUCGGUAUACAGCAUCGGCAGUGACAGUAACAUGUGUGACACAUCUGACGAAGAGAUGACAGAAUUGUUGUCCCUGACAAAGGGAACUAUCUCUCCUCUCUCUCUCUCUCUCUGUGUUUUUAUUCUCCCCUCUUUCCUUGUCUAUCUCUCUCUCUCGCUUUAUAUGUCUCUUUCUAUCUCCUCUCUCUCUCUAUCUCUCUCUCUCUCUGUUUCUUUCUCCAUGUCUGUUUCUGUCCUCCACUCUCUAUAUGCCUCUUUCUAUCUCUCCCUGUCUCUCCAUGAUUUUUUCCUUUAUUUUCCUUUAUCUCUGUUUUUUUUUAUCCCUUCUUUUCUUUUUUUAAUAUUUAAUUAUCGUUUUUUUUUGCCUCUAUUUCUUUUUCUUUCCGCUUUUCUUCUUUUUAUUCAUUUUAUUUUUCUUUUUUCACUUUUUUUUUAUUUUUCUUCCACUUUUCCUUUUCUUCUUUUUUUCAUUCUUUCAUUUUUUUCUUUAACGUUGUUCUUUCAAUCAUUUUUUUUCAUUAUUUUUUUUAUUUCGUUUUUCCUUUUCUAUAAUUUUUCUUAUCCCUUCUUUCCUUUCAUUAUUUCAUUUCACUUUUUUCUUUUCCUUCUUUUUUCUUUUUCAUUUUCUUCUUUCUUUAUAUUUUUUAAUCAUUUUUCCUUCUUUUCUUUCUGUUUUCCUUCUUUCUUUCCUCAUGUCUUUGCUACAGUGUACUUUUCUGCAAUUCUUUUUCUUUCGUUCAUUUUUUGA